AUGACGAAUAAAGCAUCUACUUUUCGCGUUUUGAAGAGCUAAUUAACAGCCCAGCAGGAGUACGCCUGGCGAUGAAUGAUGUUACCACAAUGAAUGACAUGUCUACGGUCGAUGAUGAACUAUUGGCUUCAACAACUAUGGAUCUCAAUGGGGACCCCAACUACUCAGUGCCUAUGGGAGCGGAGCAAAAAACUGUAUUUGCAUUUGUGAUUUUCUUAUUGGUUUUCCUGAUAAUCCUGGUGGUUCGGUGUUUUCGGAUAUUACUGGACCCCUACAGCAGGAUGCCUGCUUCAUCAUGGUCCGAUGGCAAAGACGGGCUGGAGAGGGGACAGUUCGACUAUGCCUUGGUGUGA